UGAUAUAAGUAUUUGAAAUGAACAUGAUUUCUUAAUGUCCAGUGACACAUCAGGGCCAUUUUAUGAUUAAUUGAAAAAGAUUUCUUACAUACGUUUCCUUUAAUAUCUUUAUGGCUAAAACCUUGUAUAUUUUACUUCCGGAACACUUUCCAGGUCUAUAGAAACAAGAGGUCGAUACGUAUGUGUACAGCAAGUUACUAAGCAACAAUGGUAGACUGCGCUGUAGCGCCCAGCCCGCGGUACUUCAAUCAUUUACAUUCAUUUAAGGCAUAGAAGGGCUAUUUUAUGCUUAACUAUACGGAUAUACACAUACCUAUAUUCAAUAUUCCGGUAAUAGGAACUACUAUUUCUAUCUUGAGUAUGGCUAGCACGCGUAUUUCAGAGCAAUUACCACCACAUAUUGACUCGACUCAAGCACCUGUUGCUUUCGGUAACCGAGCAAUUCCGCGGCUUUCUGUGGAACUUCAAGACCCUGAGCUGUACAUGCGGCAGAAAGCUCUUGCGGCCCUGUGCGACUUGGUUCAUGACCCAGAGAGGGCAUAUGAGGCUAUUCACAACGGUUGUUUGGAGAAGCUGAAGGUCCUGCUGCAGGACAAUGACAGCUCAGUUAGAAUCAAAACCACAGAAGUCCUUUACCUAUUAGCCGCCCAUAAUGUGGGCAGAGAGGCCUUCCUCCAACGGGAUGUGGUGGCUCCGCUUUCUGAUCUUUUAGACGAGCCAGUCGAUGCCUGCCGUAAAAUCAUGCAUUCUGUACUGAAGAGGGUGGCUGAGUUUCCUACAGGAGCUGCAUAUAUUGUGACUUUAGGCCUUGUUCCCCGGCUGGUGAUGAAGCUACCUGUGGAGAAGGACGGCAUCCGGGCAUUGAUCCUUGCCACUCUCAGCUAUUGUGUGAGGGUGGAUGCCCUUCCUGCACUGGACAGUGACGGUGUGCUCAUGCUGCGGAACCAGCUCUCUCACCCCUCUGCCGAUAUCCGCCGAGCCGCAGCCUCCGCCAUGGUUGGCAUCAGUGUACCUUUGGAAGGAAAGCACAAGGUGUGUGACGAGGGAGUGCUUCCAGUCCUUGUGAAGUUGCUGUCAGACUGGGAUGCAGAAGUGACCGCCAGUGCUGCUGGGACUAUCAUGAACACAGCUAUUAUCACUGAAGGGAAGUUCCAGGCCCUGGAAGCAGGGGCCGUCUUACCCUUGUUGAAACUUGUGGAAAGCAAGGACAGAGCUGUGUGUGCUAACUCGCUUCGUGCCUUAACCAUCCUGGCUGAAGUCCCCUGUGCUCGGGAACAGCUUCGGGAACAUCUUCCCCUAUUGGAGGCAAGGCUCAAUCACCCAGCCUCCAUUAUACACCGGGCAGCUGCCACCGCCAUCCGUGUCAUCUCCUGGACCCCUUGAGAGACAUACCUGGGCUUUCUCACUCCUUUCCUCCUAACAAACCCACAUUGGUUUUAAAAUGUUUGUUGGAGCCCCAAUAAAUAUUUGUUUUAAUCCUAGAACUAACCCCCAACCCCUAAUAUGAAUUCUAUACUUUUCAGUUAUUAUUAUUUUACAAAUAUUUAAGCAUUUUGUGCUUUAUCAGACAGACAACGAGAAAAUAUUUUUUUCAGAAAGAGCGUUGGGCCGAAUUCGAGUCCAUACUGCAGCAGUACAUGUGCACAUGAGACAUCGGUGCUCAACCAACAUGAACCAUGCUUUUGAAGAAAUAAAUGUGAACCUACCAACAGCUGCACACCAACUGCAGGGUUCCAGUCCUGCUCUUUGGGUUAGCGCAGGCGUCCCACAGGUGACGGUGAAAUUGGCCAGCACAGUCCACAUUUGGGGGUUAGUAACUGAGUCAAUGUGCCCUUGCCUUCUUGCGCUGUAGGGAUUCUAUUUGGUGACUUAGGUGUCUGUGAGCUAAAUCCAGGUGGAAGACAGGAGAUUGCGUUCCAUCCAUUGCAUGAGGUUUCUGGUCUAGACUUCCUGGUUGAGCAAGCAGUAUGGUAAGAACCAGAACGGCAUCAAAUCUGCUGUGGAAGACAUGUCUACUGUCCCAAGUCCACUGGCAGUUGUUGUGUUAAGCAGGGCCUUAUCCAAUACGAAUGGGAUAUCACCAAAUUUGCGAGAGAAAAAAACACAAUGGGGUAAAAUACUUUGAAUGUACUUUUUAAUAAAUGAUACUGUAUUAUACAUAUUGUCCUACAUUAUCUUUUUACAGUAGGCUAAAAUUCUAAAUUAUUUUAAAAUACAUUUAAGAGCCGCU